AUGGUAGUCAAAAUAGUGCACAACCACAAAACAAAAAAUUCUGUUGCAAAAUGCCCCCCAGGACCAUGGAAAUUACCGCUUAUAGGAAACUUGCACCAGCUUGUUGGCUCAUUACCUCAUCACUCUCUUAGAAACUUGGCCAAUAAGUAUGGACCCCUCAUGCACUUACAGCUUGGUGAACUUGCAAACAUCGUCGUUUCUUCACCGGAAAUCGCCAAACAAGUCAUGAAAACUCAUGACAUUAUCUUUGCCAACAGACCAUAUCUUCUUUCUGCCAAGAUAUUGUCUUAUGAUUCGACAAACAUCGGGUUUUCCCCAUACGGAGAGUAUUGGAGACAGCUUCGGAAAAUUUGCUCCAUGGAGCUAUUAAGCGCGAAACGUGUCCAAUCGUUCAGAUCAGCAAGGGAAGAGGAAGUGCUAAAUUUCACCAAAGCGAUACGCGCGAGUGAAGGUUCAUCGAUCAAUCUAAGCGAGAAAAUUUCUUCCACUACUUAUAGCAUUACAGCAAGAGCGGCAUUCGGUAAAAGAUCCAAUGAUGAGAAGGCUUUCAUAUCCAUAGUUAAGGAGAUCUCAGAGGUGGCUGCAGGGUUUUCUUUAUCAGAUUUAUACCCUUCGCUUAAAGCCUUUCAACUGAUCGGUGGAAUGAGGCACAGACUUGAGAAACUGCACCGAAAGAUUGAUGGGAUUCUUGAGACUAUAAUUGAAGACCACAAGCAGAAAGAGAAGGGAGUGAUAUCUGAUGGUGUAGAUGCUGAAGAAGACUUGGUUGAUGUUCUCCUAAGGCUUCAGAAAUGCGGUGAUCUUGAAUAUCCUCUAACUGAUGGCAAUAUCAAAGCUGUUCUCUUGGACAUUUUUAGUGCCGGGAGUGAGACAUCAUCGACAGCUAUAGAGUGGACAAUGUCUGAACUGCUGAAAAACCCGAGGGAGAUGGAAAAGGCACAAGCAGAG